UAGUUUUUUUUUCAGUGUUAUUCUUUUGUCGCAUGCGGGAUUCGAUCUCGGUGCGUCGAGGGUGCUAAAAACUGAUCGAUCGAUUGCGUCCCUCGCUAAUUUGUCUAAUUAGAUGAACACUGCUGAGUUUUGGUCCGUAAACACGCUCAACAAGGGGAUUAUAACUAUAUUUAGUGAGUGAUUACGAGCUAAUGUGAGUGAGUGAGUGUGUGAACCCAAGUAUAAACAAAUUUUUAAUAACAGAAAGCAUUCACCAGUCGCGUUUUGGCUCGGCGGAUUCGGCUAAUUGGCUGUCAGUGAAGUGCGAAAAAGUGGCGCGUUGUUGGCCGGACAUGGAUCUAAACAGAGUGAUUCACGGCUAAAGCGAACUGGAGUACUUGUUAAUCGCGUUCCAAACUCAAAUGCCCAUCUGGUUGAUGUUGAAUAUGGUUUCUUGUCCGGCUUCGUUUUAGGUUUUUAUAGCCGCUUUGUACGCGAGGUUGAUGGCGCGAUAAUAGCUUGCGAAUAAAAUCGACGUUCCGGACCAUUGUGUCACGAAAAAGUUGACCGCCCUCACGGCGACCAAACUCAUCAUCACCAGACUGGCACGGUUCGGUCUGUAGGGUGGGGAACAACCGGCCAUAGCAGUUUCCAAUGUCAUCAGUCUUCCCCGAGGUCUUCCACGGUACAAACGGUAACAGCAGUAGUGGUGGCCGCCGCCACAACAACAACGGAAAAAGUCGAAAGUUCACAACCGACGAUUUUGGCGUGAAACUCAGGCUGUGAUAUUGUUUGCUGAGGAGCGCGCGUGAUUAAAUUUUCGGUGGCGGCGCGAAAACAUGAAAUAAGUGAUGAGAUAGUGCGAAGAAAGUUCAUCAUCGGUGAGUGAGAAUCAUUUGAGAUCUACGCGCGACGACCAACAGAUAAGAAGAGGGAAAGAGUUAAGUGAUUGUUUUGUGGUAGUGUGCAAGAAGUUUUUUGUGUUGGGGGAGAAAUUUUGGAAACGUGACACGACGAUCUAUGUGUGGUUGUGAUGAGCGUUGCAACGGCCACCACCACCAUCAUUCCCGCCGCCAACAUGAGUGCUACCACGAAUAACAAUAGUGCCAGCAACAACAACAACAGCAUCGCUACCAACAACAAUGAGGCUCAGACGCCGGAGGUGCAAGUUACCAUCAAAGAUUUACCCAUAACGUUUAAGGUCAAAUAUUUGGGCAGCCAGUUCGCGAGGGGCCUAUGGGGGAUCAAGCACACGAGGCGACCCGUCGAUCAUCUAGUCAGUGCCGCCAAGAGCCUCCCGCCGAACAAAAUCCUGCCGUUCUGCAACUUGACCGUGUCGCUCGACGGGGUCCGCAUGGAAACGGUCACUUCGAAGCACAACGCGCUCACCAACUUCACCAUCGACACCAUUUCGUACGGCGUGCAGGACCUGGUGUACACGCGCGUCUUCGCGAUGAUCGUGGUCAAGGAAAACUACAACCUCAAGGACGAGAAUCCGUUCGAGGUGCACGCGUUCGUCUGUGAUAGUCGCGCCAUGGCCCGCAAGCUGACGUUCGCGCUGGCCGCCUCCUUCCAGGACUACUCCAAGCGGGUCAAGGAAGCGGAAGAGCAGGGCGGUGGGACGAUCGGAGGCGACGCGAAGGGAAGGCCGCUGCGGAAAAAGUUUGCCAUUGAUUUGCGCACGCCGGAGGAAAUCCAGCAGGACAUCACCGAGCAGGAAACGGAAGCGUGAUUUCAGAAUUUGAGGGGCAGAAAAGUGCUGGUGCAAAAACCGUUUUGAACAGACCAAACAAUGCUAGGAGUGGGAAAGGAUGGGAACGAGAGAAAGCGAGAAUUACAGUGUUGCGGCUAGUCCAUUUAUUUUAUUUUAUUCUAUUUCAAGAUGUAAUUUAUACACAACAUAUCACGAGCAGAUUCCGUUAAAAGUAAGAACAGAAAGUGAAAUAUAUACCAAAACAGAGCUAUAUCUUUGGUACAGCAAAGAUAGCUUUUAAGACACGCAAGAUAAACCUGUUGUUUGUUAAUUUUGUAAAGAUUCUAGAGUGAAUCGUACUUUUACUGUUAAAAAACUAUUUGAUAGCAAUUUAUCAAUAAGAUGAGUGUGAGUGUGACACAAGUGAAAUUGCACCAAUACCUGAGAACAAUAAAGAAUUUAUUUUAAAGUAA